GCCUGCAGGGGGCGCCAGCAGGCUGUCUCCUGGCUGGGCCACCCUCCUUCCACGUGAAAGGGGGAUGGAACACGAGGAAUGCGUCCCCGCCCCGGGGCUGACGUGUGCGUCUCUGCCGGCCCGGAUUCUUAAAAGCCCGGGAGGAGCGCUGGGCAUCCCAGCAGAGCCAGAGAGGAGGUGAGUUGUUGUGGACCGCGGCGCACUCGAGCCAGCGCACAGGGACCGCGGCUGUCACGGCGCUCCGAGCAUCCCGGGGCUUCCCGAGCGGAAGAGUCCAUCCCUGCGGGAGCUGCGGGUGCAGCCCCAGCCCUCCCGCUCCUCUCUGGGAGCCUCACGCCUCGGGCGAGCGUCCGUGAUUUAGCACAAAGCACGUGUCCAAACAGCCGCGCUCUCACGCACGCACCCCCCCCCCCCUUUGUUUCGGGGGGUCGCCAGACCGCUCUCCUCCCCAAGUCCGAAUUCUUCAGAAGGGGCGGAGGGCCGCCGAGUCUCGGCUGAGAAGAUGCCCCUGGAGCUGACUCAGAGUCGGGUGCAGAAGAUCUGGAUCCCGGUCGACCACCGCCCCUCGUUGCCCAGAUCCUGUGGGCCGAAGCUCACCAACUCCCCAACGGUGAUUGUCAUGGUGGGCCUCCCAGCCCGGGGGAAGACGUACAUCUCCAAGAAGCUGACCCGCUACCUCAACUGGAUUGGCGUCCCCACGAAAGUGUUCAACGUGGGCGAGUACCGCCGGGAGGCCGUGAAGCAGUACAGCUCCUACAACUUCUUCCGCCCCGACAAUGAGGAGGCCAUGAAAGUCCGCAAGCAGUGUGCGCUGGCUGCCUUGAGAGAUGUCAAAAGUUACCUGACGAAGGAAGGGGGCCAAAUUGCAGUUUUCGACGCCACCAAUACUACUAGAGAGAGGAGACACAUGAUCCUUCAUUUUGCCAAAGAAAAUGAUUUCAAGGUGUUUUUCAUUGAGUCUGUGUGUGAUGAUCCUACAGUUGUGGCCUCCAACAUCAUGGAAGUGAAAAUCUCCAGCCCGGAUUACAAAGACUGCAACUCAGCAGAAGCUAUGGACGACUUCAUGAAGAGAAUUAAUUGCUAUGAAGCCAGCUACCAGCCCCUCGACCCCGAUAAAUGUGACAGGGACCUGUCCCUGAUCAAGGUGAUCGAUGUGGGCCGGCGGUUCCUGGUGAACAGGGUCCAGGACCACAUCCAGAGCCGCAUCGUGUACUACCUGAUGAACAUCCACGUGCAGCCCCGCACCAUCUACCUAUGCCGGCACGGGGAGAGCGAGCACAACCUCCAGGGCAAGAUCGGCGGGGACUCGGGCCUGUCCAGCAGGGGCAGGAAGUUCGCCAGUGCCCUGAGCAAGUUUGUGGAGGAGCAGAACCUGAAGGACCUCAGGGUGUGGACCAGCCAGCUGAAGAGCACCAUCCAGACGGCAGAGGCCCUGCAGCUCCCCUACGAGCAGUGGAAGGCGCUCAACGAGAUUGAUGCCGGUGUCUGUGAGGAGAUGACCUAUGAGGAGAUCAAAGACACCUACCCCGAGGAGUACGCGCUACGCGAGCAGGACAAGUACUACUACCGCUACCCCACCGGGGAGUCCUACCAGGACCUGGUCCAGCGCCUGGAGCCGGUGAUCAUGGAGCUGGAGCGGCAGGAGAACGUGCUGGUCAUCUGCCACCAGGCCGUCCUGCGCUGCCUCCUGGCCUACUUCCUGGACAAGAGUGCAGAGGAGAUGCCCUACCUGAAGUGCCCCCUUCAUGCGGUCUUGAAGCUGACGCCUGUCGCUUACGGCUGCCGAGUAGAAUCCAUCUAUCUGAACGUGGAGUCCGUGAGCACGCAUCGGGAGAGGUCAGAGGAUGCAAAGAAGGGACCUAACCCGCUCAUGAGACGCAAUAGUGUCACCCCACUAGCCAGCCCCGAGCCCACCAAAAAGCCUCGCAUCAACAGCUUUGAGGAGCAUGUGGCCUCUACCUCCGCUGCCCUGCCCACCUGCCUGCCCCCGGAGGUGCCCACGCAGCUGCCCGGACAACCUUUGCUAGGGAAAGCCUGUUUCAGAACAUGAAAGGCUCCCCGAGCGGCGCAGAGGCCUCCAGGACGCACUGACGCAGCCCCGCCCGGCGCCCCGCCCUUUCGCUCCCGCAGCUUUGCUCCUGCCCUUCUGUCUGCCCAAGGCCAGCGAUCCCGAGGACAUCUCCCGGAGGGCGGCGUGGAGGAGGGGCUGCUGCUCCAGGAGGACCGGGCCCCCGCCUGCCUGCGCUCCCCUGGCCUUCGGGCCACGCGCCCCACGGACCCCUUGAGGCCCGGGAAGGACGAUGUGCAGUGGAGGCGGGACGGCGGCGCCUCCCCGUGGGCUUGUUCAUCUCGUUUCUGGACCUUCCCUGCUGCGGAGAUGACACUGCCCCGAGUCCUAACCUUAAAAGGGGCCUGGAUCUCAGCUGCUGAAGGUUAAGAGACACUGAAGACUUUCAGAAGGCUCUUGGUGCCUCUCGGCCUGGACGUUGCCUCCUGCAGGGAGCCCUCGGCCCGUGCUAGGUUGGGGUCGGCCGGGAGAGCCCGGAGCUGGACCUGCUGGUCAGCCAGGCAGCGACCCUCCGCGUGUCGCUCACCCUCCCGGGUGUGUGUCCUGUCUCUGAAGAUGGUGUGGGACCGUCUAGCUGCGGAGGCAGGAGGAAAUACGUUGCCGAAAGAAAACCGGGGCCUCGCCUCCCAGGGAAGGCUCCUGCCUGGAUUCGAGGCGCCUGGGACACGGCUCUCCCGGGGCUGCUGGCUCGUGCACUUUUUUUAUGGCAGAGUGUGACCUGAAAGUCACACCUUCAGGAACUUAGAUGUUUGCAUUUUGCGCCCUUGGGGUUGGAGCUCUGAAAGUAUGUGGGAGUUGGGCAGCCUGUGGGGAGGGGAGGGACCCCUCACCCCGUAAAACGGCCGGGGAACGAGGGCCUGGCCUCCUCCUUUGGGGCCUUCAUCACCUCCUGUGUUUCCCUGGUGGGGCCAGUGGCCCAAGCCAGGCCUCGCUCGCGGCCACUUCCUCUGAGAGCCUGGCUGUCCGCUGUCUCCUGACAGGAUUCAGCUCCGUUCCCUACGCUUGUCAAGCGUCUGCUGUGUGCCCAGCAUGGAGCUGGGUGCCUUGGGAGAUUCUGGAGGAGAGAAUGUCCUCGUUUGCCUUCAUGGCACCUGUGGCAUUUUGGGGGCGUGGUUCAAGGCAGGGCUUGUGAACACGUGGUUCUAAACACCUGUAGUUUCCGCCUGCGGGUUUUCCUCUGAGGCCUCCGAGGACUGGGGGAGGGGGGGUGUUUAGGCCCAGGAGGAUGGAUUUGGGCUCAGCAGUAGAGUUUGUCCAAAUGACCCUUUUCAGGAUUUCUGAAAGCCGGUGCCAAAGGUCACCUUCCCUUCCCUUCCUGCCUUCUGCUUUGGGGUCCCACAUCUUUACCCCUCUUAGCUUGUGCAGUAGUCACUGGGGGUAGAGGCAGGGGCGUCUAGACAGCUGGAGCUGGGAGUGGGGAGAGGAGCUGUUUUGGGGUUUUUGUUUGAGAGGAGCUCGUAGAAAAAUGCACGUUCCUCUGGUUGGGAGAAAUGGGAACACCAUUCAGACACCCUACAAUCAGGUUUGUGGGUUUCACACAAAACCAUUCAAAUCCUCCCUUCCCUUAACUGGCCAUCUUCCCAAGACGAUGUCUCUCUCUACAUUCCGUGCAAGACUGGUUACUUUCUCACUUUCUCGCUGUCUUGUCAGACGUGUGUGUGUGUGUGUGUAGGUUUGUGUUUUUAGACGGAGGGGCCUGCAGCUCUGCUCUUGAGAAUGGCUCUCUUAUGUCCACCUUUUGGUUCCUUCUCUGGUUGUCGGAGCUGACCUUGAAUUUUGACUCUUCUGGCUGGUCUGAGUGGGGUCUUCGUGAAGGUGUGUCCCCCCUUGCCUCUGACUGCCCGAAAUCAGUGCAUCCACAAAGGAUGCGCUUGGCCUAACCCGGGACCUUGGUUUUCAGGAGCCCCAGUGGGGAGAGAGAACAUCAAUACGGGCGGGGAGGGGAGAUGGGGAGAGGGCGGAGGCUGGGAGACUGGAGACCAGGGGCCUGACAUCUGAGGAGGGAGGAGGUGGACAAGGGUGUGUCUGAGCCACGGUCUCAGGGCUUCUGCAACGCCGACCAUUGACUCUCACUCCCUCACCCCCCGGAAAACAUCUGGGACCAAUAUUUUUAACUUUGCAUGUUUGUUUUGGGGGCAGGCUCACCCCUCUCCUCCUUCUGUCCUGAGACUGUGGGCGAAGCUCUUCGUUUGGGGGCGGGGGGGAAGAAAGACUGUUGGAACCACGCCAAUGACGUUUUCGUUUCUAAUACUUGAAAUUUAUUUUUUUAUUAUUUUGAUAGCAGAUGUGCUAUUUAUUUAUUUAAUAAGUAUAAGGGAUCCUGAAGACAGAAAGCUGUAUAGUUUGGGUCUUGUUAGUUGGUUGGCUUGGGGGCCUUUUACGUGUGAUUUCUGACUUCUCUGUUCUGUAUACAUUUGUCUGAAUUAAUUACCCGGGAUGAAGCUGUGCCAGCUUUCAAACAGGGGAUGCCUGUCGGAAAUUUGUAUAUUUUGCAGUUGCCAGAACAAUAAAAUACCUGGUUGAAAUACA